CUCGAAACUAUCAACUUGAGAUGUUGGAGGCGAGCAGAAAGCAGAACAUCAUAGUUGCGGUAUGCUCCUGUCUUGGUUUCAAUCCAAGAAUCCAUGCUAAAGACCCUAGAUGGAAACUGGUAGUGGAAAGACACCGAUAGCCGUGUUGCGAAUUAUGUCUGAGCUUGAAACUUGCAGCCCUGACAAGCUUAUAUGGUUCUUAGCCCCUACUGUUGCUUUGUGUCUUCAGCAGCAUGAGGUGAUAGCAUCACAGCUCCCAGCCGUGAAAACACGCACCCUCACUGGGUUGGAUAAAGUGGAGUUGUGGACAGAGCAGAUAAUUUGGGAUGCUGUCUUGAAGGACGUCCGGGUCGUUGUAUCGACUCAUGCUGUUCUGGCCGAUGCGCUGAGCCAUGGCUUUGUUAAAAUGUCUCAAUUGGCGCUUCUGAUCUUCGAUGAAGCUCAUCAUUGCAUGAGACGUCACCCAGCGAACAAGAUAAUGCAAGACUUUUAUCAUCCAGCUCUAUCAAAUUCCGGAAUUGAUGCAGUGCCACGUACCCUGGGGCUAACAGCAAGUCCUGCGGUUAGAUCGAAUACUCUAGAGAUGAUCACCCUGGAAUCCAAUCUUCACGCAGUCUGCAAGACACCCCGAAUGCAUAGACAGGAACUGCUGACAUAUACACACCGUCCCCAAUUAUGCCGUAUCUGGUUUGCACCAUUAGUCCCAGACGGUCUAGGGGAUGGGAGUCAAAUGUUGGGGCCCUUGCUACACGCACUGAGGACCUUGAACAUCGAGAAUGAUCCGUACGUCAAGAAGCUGAGAAAAAGUCCCUUUGAAGCAAAGGAACUACAAAAUGUACUUUCGACAGGCAAAACCUACUGCAAUGAGCAAUUGAGAAGGUUUGCCGAGCGAAGCGGUCACAUUUUUGAAGAACUGGGUGGCUGGGGUGCUGAUUACUUUAUCCAAGCGUCUAUUGAGCAGAUAAAAGCGUCAGUUAAUGAGCUUUCUGCAAUGGCAAAUUGGGACUACGAUGAGAAGAUCUAUUUGGCUGAGGUUCUAUCUCAGAUACCGAUGCCAAAUCUCCAAGUUGACUUUGCGGCUGGGGACCACUUUCCGAUGUCAUCGAAGCUCGAGUCAUUGAUUGCCUUCUUACGCCAUGAGAACGAAGUAGAAUUUUCAGGCCUCAUAUUCGCAAAACGAAGGGCAACUGUGAACAUACUCGCAAAAGUGCUCUCAAUUUAUCCCGGCACCAAGGAUCGCUUCCGAUGUGCUGCGUAUGUGGGAUGGUCGAGCGGCAAUAGCAAAGAUGUUAUAGGCGAGCUUCUCAGCAUGGACAUGCAGCGAGACACCUUGGCUGAAUUCCGCAGUGGAAGCAAGAACCUCAUCGUGGCUACGGAUGUGCUGGAGGAGGGUAUCGACAUCAGCGCAUGCAGCAUGGUGAUCUGCUAUGACAAACCACCCAACUUGAAAUCGUUCGUUCAACGCCGUGGACGUGCACGGCAGAGGCAGUCUACCUACGCAAUCAUGUUUCCCACGGAUGACGAGUCUCCCUAUCUAAACCAAUGGCAAGAGUUGGAAAAGGCCAUGAUCGAAGCGUAUCAGGAUGAUGAAAGGCGACUACGCGAGGCGUCGGAAUUAGAGAAUAUUGACGAAGACGUCAAAGAAAGACUCGCCGUGGAGUCUACAUGUGCCCUGUUAACAGAAGAUAGUGCAACCGGACACUUACACCAUUUCUGCGCCGUGCUGCCUCAACAACCAUAUGUCGAUAACAGGCCCGUAUUCUCUUUCGAGAACAAUUCUGAAGGAUUGGUAAAAGGGACCGUUAUUCUACCAAACUGUGUGCAUCCAAAAGUACGUCGUACUCGAGGUCAACGAUGGUGGCGCACAGAAAGGGCUGCUAUGAAGGAAACGGCAUUCCAGGCGUACAAAAGCCUAUACGAAUUCGGCCUCGUCAAUGAUAAUCUAUUACCACUGACCAAGAAACCAGAGCUCGGGAUACAUGACUUUGAAAGUUUGCCGUCAAUGGUGGAUGCAUCAGAACAAUAUGACCCAUGGGUGGAUUUGGCAUAUUCAUGGGCUACACCAAAUAUUCAUCAAUCUCGGAUAACCGUGCGGCAGAAUGGAUUCGCGGGUUCUUCAAGGCUAUCUAUGAUAUUGACGGGACCAACAAUUCUACCUGAUCUUGAACCAAUGACGCUUUAUUGGGAUAGCGAGACUACGUUCACCUUGUCUUUUGAGCCCGCACAGCAAGCGCCUAUGGUGACACCAGAAAGUGUCGAGUACAUGCGGAGAAUAACUGCUCUCUACAUCCAAGCAACCAAAUCGAAGAUAAACAACAUGGGAAACGAUUUUGUGGCGCUUUUUGGGCCAGAUUUGAGUCCAGACCAAUUGGGAAGUUGGCUCGAGACAAAUGGAGGCAACCAUACAGCUCUAGAAGCUUACACCAACGGAAGCAGCAGUCCCGUUCUCAUGGGAAUAGUUCGAGACCAGGGACGUUAUAAUGAGCCACUUAUUUUCAGAAGAUGGGUCGUCUCUGAGGAAAACCAAAACCCGUCGGCGCUUGAGUUGGAAUGCCACCGACUUCCACGCCGGCGGAAUCUUUUGCAUCGUCAGACUUUGGCCAAUCGACAGCAGUUUGAUGGUGCUGAUGAUGAAGCUCUCGAGCCGACGGCGAAAGUACGGAUUGUCUCUGCAAACCAAUGUACAAUUGAUAAACUUCCUUUUGCGAGUGCCAUUUUUGGCUUAUUUAUUUCGGUGAUUGUGGAUAGACUGGAGGUUCUUUUGGUCGCAGCUAGAUUGCGCGAGACUAUUCUAAAACCUAUUGGAUUCGCGAGCAUCGAUCAUGUUAUCACAGCAAUCACGGCCCCCUCCGCCCAGGGAUUGACAAAUUACCAGCGGUAUGAAUUUCUUGGUGAUUCAGUCCUCAAAUUUACUGUCUCAUGUCAGCUCUACUUUCAACAUCCAAACUGGCCUGAAGGUUAUCUUUCCGAAAAUCGAAAUGUGAUUGUGAAAAAUCCUCGUCUUGCUCGAGCGGCACUUGAUUUAGGCCUUGACGCCUUUAUCAUUGAAAGGAUGUUCACACCCCGCAAAUGGGCUGCGCCCUUGAUCUCAGAAAGAAUGGCACAAAAAGCCAGCCGACGAAAGAUGUCAAGAAAGGUACUGGCGGACGUUGUUGAGGCACUCAUCGGAGCAGCCUAUAUGGAUGGCGGCCAUCCAAAGGCACAGGCAUGCAUUCGUCGCUUUUUACCCGAGAUGAAGUUGCAAUCGUUGGAUAUUCAAACACCACACAAAGACCCCAACCCUCCACCUUUACACUAUACCACAAACGAAAGGCUGAAAGACCACAUAGGCUAUAGCUUCACGGACAAGUCGUUGCUCGUGGAAGCUCUCACCCACCCAUCAUGCGAAUAUGAUGCGCAUUCCCAGUCGUACCAGAGACUUGAAUUCCUCGGAGACGCAGUCCUUGACAUGGUCGUCGUCACUGCUAUCUUCCAGCACCCAGCCGAAGUCUCCCCAGGUGACAUGACUUUGAUCAAGCACGCCCUCGUCAACGCCAACCUGCUCGCCUUCCUGUGCAUGGAAAUCUCCAUUCCGGAAACAAGAACCGACGUUGAACAAGUACCCGAUGGACGCUUCGCAAUCAAGUCCGGCGAAGACUACCUCCAACUAUGGCGGUUCAUGAGAUGUCAAGGCCUGGAACUCAAGAAAGGCCGUGACGCAACACUUCAGCGGCACCACGCCCUGCGCGAUGAGAUAAUAUCCAGCCUGGAACAUGCAGAUUUCUACCCUUGGCAAGCACUUGCCCGUCUGGGCGCCGAUAAAUUCUUUUCAGAUAUCGUUGAAAGCGUUCUGGGUGCAAUUUUUGUCGAUUCCGGUGGUGAUCUUGCCGUGUGUGAGAUGUUUGUCGAACGCAUCGGACUGCUGCCUUAUCUGCGUCGUGUGCUAUCACAAGGAAUAAACAUGGCUCAUCCCAAGAACAUGGCGGAUCGUUUGUCCAAGGGUGAGGUCUUUUUCAAGGUUCAGCGGAUACAGCAUGACUCCAACAAUGCCAGCUACCAAUGCGUUGUCACGUUGAAUGAGGCUGUAAUCGUUCAUAUCGAGGGUUGUCUGACAGCCGAAGAUGCUGAAGUUACUGCGUCUAAUGAGGCUGUUAGGAUUUUGAUGGAGAUGAACCAGCAAAAUGGCAAUGCGCCGUGAUUUGCAGUUUGGAAGGUCAAGUCUGAUUUGGGGUCUCAUGCCACUGGAUAUGAAAUGAUGGAUUACUCAUGAUUGAUGAAGAAAUGACAAAGGCUAUGGAACGCAAUAUCUGUUGAAAUUUCCUGUUUUUAAAGAUAUACAAUUCGGGUAUCAAAAAAGCUCA